CUUUGUGUCCCUUUUUCGUAUUUUUUUGGCUCAUCAUACACUUUUUGCUGGCCAUUUCUUUUUGCACUGGGUCGCUUGACCAUUGGACCCAUAGAACUUAGAAGACACUACUUGGAGCACGGACACUACUGGGAUAAUGGGACACUACUGGGGGUACGGACAACUUGGCGGCCAAUGAUCGAACGACCCAGUACAAAAAGUGUAUUAUGAGCCAAAAAAGACGGGAAAAUGGCCUCCGAGAGCCUGCUAUGGAGGCUACCUAGCCACUGGAAGUACUGGUACAGUACAGGCAUUCAGACAUUUCACUCGUCGGAUGAAAAGGAUGUAACGUCUUGAUCUCACUUUUCGGUGAAGUCUUUAAUAUUGUCUAAUUUUACACUGAGGAAGAACGUGUAGUACAGAGUUGUGUCAUGGGAAACAAACUUUCUCACAACAUCAGUACGGAGGGAGGGAGCGAGGAAACGACGCCACAAAGGAUUCAAUGCUCCAAUAUAGAAGACCAUCUGAUAAAGAACCCGUUUGAAGGGUACACAGGGUACCUUAUUGAGGCCCGAGGGCGAAAUGGACCAAGGGGCAAGGUUUUCCGGACCGACCGCAUGAAUAAGCAAAACAAGCACGAAGCGAUUGUGACAAUCUACUCAUACAGCAUGCCCAGCAACCCUGGAGCUGCAGACGGUACCUAUGUUGUAUUGCAGUUCAUGCAGUCCCAGAAGUUCUUCGCUGUCCACAAAAAUAAACCCAGCAAGCUUAUUCUGACGAAAAACGGCUGGGAUCCGGAAUAUGCCGAAGACAUCACGACAACUGCCGACCGGCGGGUGUUUCUGGCAAAGCGGAGUCCGCCAUUCUCGUCGGAUCUUAUUUUCCGAGCGGCUUCGGGCGGUGUGACUGGAGUCAUCACACUGGCUAAGGAUCGCAGGAAUAAGCCUGCUAUUCUAGCAGACCUAGGAGAAGGACAUGCAGAGGAGGCACAGAAGUUUAAAAUCUUUAAACCGAUUCUCAAACCUGCCACUGACGAUGUGACAGGCGAUUAUCUGGAAGCUGUGUCGUCCCCGUACCUGCCGCUAGGGGGUGCUGACGAACGGUCUGAUGGAUGCCAGGCCCAGGAAGAGCAGCGUCAAGGCUAAAUCAUGUUAGUCUCCAAGCAGACCCUACGGUGCCUUAGAGAUAGUAUCAAAGCUGACAAAGUGUCCGUUUGAUUCCCUUGCCCGUUUGACUACCUUUUGCCGGCUUUAUUCCUUUGCCAGCUUUGAUACUAUCUCUAAGGCACCGUAUGCUAGUAUAUGGUCUGCUUGGAGACUAGAAUCAUGUCGCCUAAGGGUGGGUAUCGGGAAUAUUUGGCAGAUUCAUGCUAAAUUUAGAACAUAGUCAAUGCAUGAAACUCGUCUCUCUCUCUCUCUCUCUCUCUCUCUCUCUCUCUCUCUCUCUCUCUCUCUCUC